UUAACAACAAGCAUAAAGAGGAAACAGGAUUAGCAUCAGCUAACAGUAGUGAGACCAGCCAGCCAGCUAAGCUAAGCUAAGCUAAGUGUUAUGUUACACUUAGUAAACCUGUCUAAUAACUAAGGCUGUGUUUCUGGAGAUUGAGCCCUGCAGAGUCAAAACCACCAACAUGGAUUUUUUCUUUGAGGACCUUCCAUCCACUUCACAGUCAACUCCCAAGAGAGGUCAUGAAGAGUCACAGCUGACAGAAGACUCAGACUCAUCAAGAGGGAAGUCCUCAAGCGUGAGCAUGACCGAGGGUCAAGAGCAGCAUACCAGCUCAAGUAUAGAUGACAUCAGCAGGAGAGUUCAGGAACUGGUGGAAAAGAUAAAUGACAGCCGCACUGGUGACCAGAAAGUGUUGGACAGCUUCCAGGAGAAGUCAGUGAAGAAGGUGACAGAGAUGUGUCAGCAGAUGAAGGAGCACAUGUACACGGUCUACGAAGAGAACAGUACUGAGAUGCAGGUGAAGCUGCAGGAGCUGUCAGAGGUGCUGGAGAGCUGCACUAAGCUCAACAGUGAGCUCAUAGAGGCCAACGGGGCACUGGCGAGUCUCAGAGGAGGCCUGGCCAUUAGCCAGACACCAGAACCCUGAUACACUAGUUAUUGCUCUGAUGUCUGUAUUAUUUUUGAGCUAGUUCUGAAGUAGUUAAUGUGUUCUUUUGUUUAUUAUGUUAGUUGACUUUGUCCAAAUGCUGGAAUGAAUAAGAUUACUCCUUUUGGUUUCCUCUUUCUUCUUCCUCUUUUUCCAAGAAUACACAGCAGACUGUCUUUGUUGUUAGGACAGUAGUUCAGGUUAUGAUUGUAGUCAAAGAAUACAAAAACAAAAGCUGAAUCCAUGUUUUAUAUAUGUACAAUUUCAGUAUCUGUUGAUUCAAUAAAUAAAACCAACAAGAACAAAAUAAA